UGAGAUCGUGAUACAAGAGACCUAAAAUUCCUCCUACACAAAUGUACGCCCAGUUUAUUUGCCACGAAACCGAUCGAUGGCUCAUCCUCUAGACUCUGGAGGGCGAGGGUCAAUGGCAAUACUGCAGCUCUUAUUCUCGAUUUAGACCCGCUCCUCCAACUCUUUCCCUCGGCGUCUCUCCAGUUCGGUCAGGCUUCUGCAAGGAAGGCGCCGGUCGCGGCCUGCCCGAGGUUCCGCGGGACCCAGUGCCGGCGUAUCCGCCCCGAUCGAGGCGGUGCCGGCGCGCCCGGCGCAGCCGCCCAGCUGCGAACAUGUUAGUUUGGUUUGUUCCGAAGGCCGGCUCCGGUGCAGGGCCCGCCUCCCCGCAGGAUUGGAGGCCCGCCGCCCCGCCCGGCUCCGAGAGGCCCGCUGGAAGCGCCGAGCGCGGUGUGGCGGCGGGGACGCCAAGGGCCUGAGCAGCCCUCUCGUUCCUAGAUCCAGGGGCUUCGGCCGGGACCCGGCCCUAACGUGCUCUGCUCUCCGCUGGCCCGGCCCGUGCUGCGCACCAGGCCCGGGGAAGAACUGCCAUCGCAGUGAGACACCGGCCCGAGAGGGGUCCCUGCUUCCGUGCAGAAGUGAUGCCACCAAGAAGAAAUGAGAAAUACAAACUUCCUGUUCCACUUCCAGAAGGCAAGGUUCUGGAUGAUAUGGAAGGAAAACAAUGGGUGCUGGGCAAGAUGAUUGGCUCUGGAGGAUUUGGAUUGAUAUAUUUAGCUUUCCCUACAAAUAAACCAGGUAAAGAUGCAAGACAUGUAAUAAAAGUGGAAUAUCAAGAAAAUGGCCCAUUAUUUUCAGAACUUAAAUUUUAUCAAAGAGCUGCAAAAAAAGACUGUAUCAAGAAAUGGAUAGAACUAAAACAACUUGAUUAUUUAGGAAUUCCUCUGUUUUAUGGAUCUGGUCUCACUGAAUUCAAGGGAAGAAGUUACAGAUUUCUGGUAAUGGAAAGACUAGGAAUAGAUUUACAGAAGAUCUCUGACCAGAGUGGUACUUUUAAAAAGUCAACUGUCCUGCAGCUAGGUACCCGAAUGUUGGAUGUAUUGGAAUAUAUACAUGAACACGAAUAUGUUCACGGUGAUAUAAAAGCAGCAAAUCUCCUUUUGGGUUACAAUAAUCCAGAUCGGGUUUAUCUUGCAGAUUAUGGACUUUCCUACAGAUAUUGUCCCAAUGGGAACCACAAACAGUACCAGGAAAAUCCUAGAAAAGGCCAUAAUGGGACAAUGGAGUUUACCAGCUUGGAUGCCCACAGAGGAGUAGCCUUGUCCAGACGAAGUGACCUUGAAAUCCUCGGCUACUGCCUGCUGCGGUGGUUAUGUGGGAAACUCCCCUGGGAACGGCACCUGAAGGACCCUGUGGCUGUCCAGACUGCUAAAACAAAUCUGUUGGAUGAGCUCCCUGUGUCCGUGCUUAAAUGGGCUCCUUCUGGAAGCAGUUGCUGUGAAAUAGCCCAGUAUUUGGCAUGUGCGCGUAAUUUAGCAUAUAAUGAAAAGCCAAAUUAUCAGAUGCUCAAGACAAUUCUGAACCCAAGUGGAAUGCCUUUAGGACCAUUGGAAUUUUCCACUAAGGGAAAGAGCGUAGAUGUUCAUACUCCAAACAAUCAAAAAGUUGAUUUGCAGAAGGCUGCAACAAAGCAAGUCAAUCGUAUGCAAAAUAGGUUAAUAGAAAAAGAAGUCCCUGGUGAGAGAAGUGUUGAGUCCUGUGCAACAAGGAGAAAAGUGCAAAAAGAGGAAAAGCUAAUUGGAUUGCUUAACAAUGAAGCAGCUCAGGUCAAUAAAAAAUGGAUCGCAGGCCGCAAUUGGUCCACAGGCCGCAGUUUGGACACCCCUGCUCUAGAUUCAUCCAUGUUGCCCCAAAUGGAAAGCACAAGGAGAAGACAAAAAUAUUGUAAGUCUCAAGAGUUUUUGAAUGAAGUAAAAAGUUCUCCACAAAUAUCCAGCUAUAUACAGUUCCCAAAAUCAUUUUAUGAACUCCAUCAUGAUUUUACCAGUCCAGACACAUUCAACAAGUCAAGAUGUCCAUCUUGGUAUACAAGCACUUCUACGACUGCUAUGGAAGUCACAGACUUAGAAAGUUCUACAGGACUGUGGCGUGCAAUUUCCCAGUUUACUCUUAGUGAAGAGACAAAGGCAGAUGUGUAUUAUUAUGGCUUCACCAUUGUUUUUCUUUUGGUGGUAGUAUUUCUUGCUUUAUAUUUUCUCUGAAGAUACCAAACAAAAUCCUUUUUUUUAAGUUUCCAGU